AUGAAAUCUGUGGCCUCGCAGUUUUUGGACACGCCCUACAAAGAAGAGGGAACUGUGGGCACAAGGCAGAAUGGCAUGACGAUGGGCGUUCGUUCAGAUGAUGCUGCGCGUUGUGUGAAUCACCCGCCGCUUUUUAGCAGCGUUUUGGCUCCACGCCCCGUGCUUAUUGGACCACUGCUCCGUUCCCCGCGUAUCAGUGAGACGGUAGUGCUUCUGGAUGGAGUUCCCUGUGGCGCUGUCUGCUUCAGUGGGCGUGUGGUGCGUUGUGAGGGACCCCAGCGUCAUGGUGGCGUUUCAGCGUCGCGGGCAUACACCGCCUUAUUGAUCUCCGACAACACAGGGCUUAUUUCUGUGAUGCAGCCUCACACGGCAAGGGUCAAUGUGGAUGUUGGCGCCGCUUGGGAAGGUGCCACGUCCUGUUUAACCGGAGGAGUCGCUGAGUUGGCGGGAAAUGCAACCGACGAGAUGGUCCACGAGAAUGACUAUGUAUUUGUUGUCGGAUGGCUUGCAUUUGCGGAUACCUCGAGGGAGGUUCGACGUCUUUUGCGGGGUGUAGUGGAUUUUGUCACGGGGGGCGACGGGACAAAACCCGAUGAAAACUGCUUUUGUGUACGGGGAACAGUCCGUCAAAUUCACGACAUGAACGAACUUCACUUUUGGGCCCUCGCUGCUUUGGAGACAAAUCUGCGGCUGUUGGCCAAAGCGGGGGAUUUUGCUUCGGCCUUUCCCACACGAAGAAAAAACGUGUGA